CGGAUGAAUUGCCAAUACCGGGUCACUUUUACCUGAUUCAGCGUCUGGUUGGAGUUGGAAAAAACUCCGCUCCGCAACAACCUAGACCUAGAAUUGCGCGGAGUUGAACAGCCGGCAAAGAUCCAUGAUCAAAUUUACUACAUACGAUAGACAUAUAAAUUCCAGAUGGUGUUUAAGGUUGCCAAGUUAAUUAAUCCAAACUCUUUUCCAGCAGACGCAACCCCGCAUUACAGUAUUUUAUAAUUUGACAGCAGAGCCCGAAACAACGGAUAAUGGGUGACACCAUGAAAGCUUGGCAGUAUUCUGCCAUCAACGGCAAGCUUGAGGAUUCGCUUACUCUCAACAACUCAGCGCCCAUGCCAAGCCCCUCGGAUUUGGGAAAAGACGAGCUCAUUAUCGAGGUCAUCAGUGCAUCGCUCAACCCGGCAGACUACAAAGUCCCUGAAUCAACUGUCAUCGGACGCCUGAUGGUCGCACGCCCUGCCACACCCGCCAUGGACUUUUGCGGCCGCGUCCUUGUUUUCGGGGGGUAUGCUGGUGUCGGCCAAAGAGGCACAUUGGCAGAAUACAUUGUCAUCUCAGUAGCUCACUGUGCACCCCUCCCCUAUGGCAUAGAUCCUGAUCAAGGCGCGGCCGUUGGCACAGCAGCGACAACAGCCUGGCAGUCUCUGAUGCCAGAUGCACUUCAAUCUGGUGGCAAGGUGUUCAUCAACGGAGGGAGUGGCGGCACAGGCACAUGGGCUAUUCAACUGGCGAAAGCCUUGGGCGUUGAGGUUGUGACGACGUGCUCCACCAAAAAUAUCGAUCUCUGCCGACAGCUUGGCGCGGAUGAAGUCGUUGACUACAGGAAAGAAGACAUGUUAUCGAAGUUGAAGGACCGGGGAAAGGUCUUUGAUCUGAUCAUCGACAACGUUGGUAGCAGUUCCGAGCUGUACGACAACAGCAGCGCCAUCUUGAAGCCAAACGGAACUUUCGUCAUGGUGGGCGUUGGAAAAAGUCUCACGCUUUCGGGAUCAUUCUCAAUGUUGAGCAAGAUCAUUUGCCCAAAGAUCUUGGGAGGAGAACGAUUCUAUUUCGUACGCAUGCAGGACACCGCGGACUAUUUCCGACGUAUCGGCAGGUUGAUGGUUGAGGGAGAAACUAAGGCGGUGGUUGAUUCGACAUUGGGCUUCGAGCAGGUGCCGGAUGCUUACAGGAGAUUGCGGGAGGGAUAUGCCAAGGGCAAGAUCAUUGUUCAUGUUUCGAUACCUAGGGGAAGUAGCAAUGCGCAGUGAUGUGACUACAAAUGCAAUGUUUAGCUCUGAGUCGCAAUACAGCCGCAAAGUCUGCUCCGUGC